UUGGUGUUGUAUUGAAAACUUGUUAUAAUUGUCUCGACAGAUUUCAUUUUUAACAGGUUUUAUGUUAUUUGUGUAGCAAGGUGUGUUCAUGGUGAAGGGAUUUUGCAGCUAGUAGUCAAUGCGUCCUUGGAAACAAUUUUGUAACAUAUGACUGUAGUUGAGACAUAUGUUGGGAGGAAGAGAUUAAAUCCACCAGAUGUCUCACCAAAAUUGCAUCCAGAAGUUUUAUCUCUGAUAAAUGAAGGCAUAGCGCAAAACACAACUGGCAAUAUUUUCAUUCCUAAGUUGGGAAUGAAUUUUGAACUUAUCAGAUCAAGUUCAAAGGUUCUCCAUGUCUUCCCCUUUAAUUCUGAGAAAAAGAGAGGUGGCGUGGCUGUGAAACGGGCGGACUCUGGAGUGCAUAUACAUUGGAAAGGAGCCGCUGAGAUAGUUUUAGGAACGUGUACCCAAUAUAUUGAUUCAGAUGGUCACCCGCAAUCUAUUGAAAAAGAGAAGGCAUUCUUCAAGAAGGCGAUUAAUGACAUGGCUACUCAGAGCUUGCGCUGCGUUGCUAUUGCAUACAGAUCAUACAAAUUGGACAAAAUUCCGUCCAAGGAGGAGGAUUUAGACCAAUGGACCUUACCUGAUGACGAGCUUGUAUUACUUGCUCUUGUUGGAAUAAAGGAUCCUUGUCGCCCCGGAGUCAAAGAAGCUGUAAGAUUAUGCACUGAGGCUGGUGUUAAGGUACGCAUGGUUACUGGGGACAAUCUUCAAACAGCAAAAGCAAUAGCUUUGGAGUGCGGAAUAUUGGUUUCAAUUGAAGAGGCAGUUGGACCAAAUAUAAUUGAAGGAAAGACAUUCCGUGAACUAUCUGAAACAGAAAGGGAAAAAGUUGCUAUGAAAAUAACUGUGAUGGGAAGAUCAUCUCCAAAUGACAAGCUUUUGCUCGUGCAAGCACUGCGUAAAGGAGGUGAAGUUGUUGCUGUCACAGGAGAUGGCACUAAUGAUGCUCCUGCUCUUCAUGAGGCAGAUAUUGGUCUUUCUAUGGGCAUCCAAGGAACUGAAGUAGCAAAAGAAAGCUCGGAUAUUAUAAUCCUGGAUGAUAACUUUGCAUCAGUAGUGAAGGUUGUUCGCUGGGGACGUUCUGUUUAUGCAAAUAUUCAGAAAUUUAUUCAGUUCCAGCUCACUGUAAAUGUUGCUGCUCUUUCUAUAAAUGUGGUUGCAGCAAUAUCUUCUGGUGAUGUUCCUUUAAACGCAGUACAGCUUUUGUGGGUCAACCUUAUUAUGGACACACUUGGGGCUCUUGCUCUGGCUACCGAACCACCGACUGACAGCCUUAUGAACAGAUCACCAGUAGGCCGAAGGGAACCUCUUAUAACAAAUAUCAUGUGGAGGAACUUGCUUGUACAGGCUCUCUAUCAAGUGACUGUUCUACUGAUUCUUAACUUUGGUGGUGAAAGUAUUAUGCAUCAAGAUACUAUGACACAUACCUUAGAAGUGAAGAAUACUAUAAUUUUCAACGCAUUCGUCAUGUGCCAGAUAUUCAAUGAAUUCAAUGCUCGAAAGCCAGAAGGAAUGAAUGUCUUCAAGGGAGUGACUAAGAACCGUCUCUUUGUGGGAAUUGUUGGAAUGACCUUUAUACUUCAGAUAAUCAUCAUCACGUUCCUUGGGAAGUUCACAACGACAGUGAGACUUAAUUGGCAGCAGUGGCUUGCUUGUCUUUGUAUUGGGCUGUUCAGCUGGCCACUUGCAAUAAUUGGAAAAUUAAUUCCAGUUUCUAAAACACCAUGGUCACGACGAGUUGUGAGGGCAUUUAGGCGCUUGAAGAAGACCCGGACUGCAUAAUUGACUGCCAACCUUAGAACCAGCAAUUCAUAGUAACUAAGGACUGACAGAAAUGUAAGCGGACUUAACACUGAGCUGAGCCGAGCCAAGCUGAGUCUUCUUUCUAGAAUUUGUAACAUACUGUAUAUUCAACAUAUAGCAAUAUAUCAUAUUUAGACUGUAACAAACUGUACAUUCAACGUAUACAGCAAUCAUAUCAUGCUUAGAGAAGUUCCGAAAAUAUGUCAAAGUGAACAAUGUAUUCACCAAUUUCCCCCCUUUUUUUAAGUCAGGUGGGGUGGAGUAGAUCUUUGUCAGAAUUCAUAUUCAAAUAGUGAAAUAUUAUGCUGUGAA